CCUGGCCGCGCAGCUGGCAGCGCUCCACGGCAGCUUGGUCCUCCAGCAGACUCCUGGAUUCAUAAUGGUUCAGACCAACCAAAUGGUGAUGCUGUCCUGUGAGGCUAAAACCUCCUUCACUAACACACGCAUCUUCUGGCUAAGACAGCGCCAGGCUCCAAGCAAGUACAGUCACCACGAGUUCCUGGCCUCCUGGGACUCCACAAAAGGGACUGUGCGUAGCACGGAGGUGGAACAGGAGAAGCUGACUGUGUUGCGUGAGGGGACCCGGUUUGUUCUCAACCUCACAAGUGUGAAGCCUGUGGACAGUGGCAUCUACUUCUGCAUGACCGUCGGGACCCCUGAGCUGACUUUCGGGAUGGGAACUAACCUGAGUGUGGUCGAUGUCCUUCCUACCACUGCCCAGCCCACCAUGGAGUCCACCACCAAGAAGAGAGUGUGCCGGCUUCCCAACCCUGUGACCCGGAAAGGUCCUCCUUGCAGCCCCCUCACCCUCGGCCUGCUGGUGGCCGGCACCCUGGUUCUGUUGGUGUCUCUGUGUGUGGCCAUCCACCUGUACCGCCUGCGGAGGAGAGCCCAGCUUCACUUCAUCAAACAGUUUUACAAAUGAGCACAGAAUAUGCUUUGGUGUCCUGCUACAAAAAGACAUUGGUCAGUAAUGAGCAAGAUCUAGAAAAAUGAGAGAGAAGGAACACAUUCAACCAUGGAGAUUUCAAUGACCUGCGAAGUCGCCUGCUUUUAACUGCUGCAAGUUUUUUCUGUGGGCCUCAUUCCUGGGAGCAACUUGUUAGGUGGUCAUCGGGACUCUUAGAGAGAAGCCUUCAGAGCCCCAAGGGCACUCACAGAGUGUGCUGGAGAACUGAGUAAGAAAUGCUGCCCAUGACACCACUUCCAGCUCCUGGGCUCUCCCUGGGCUGGGACCUUUGGUGGUGGCCCUCCAGCCACCAUCUUUGCAAGUUGCUUUGCUCUGGUAGGGCAGAGUGAUACUGGGCCCUGGGUCUUUCGUGGAUGGUGCUGGAUGGCUCCCCCUUGGUCUCCCCAGGCGGGACUGACCUUCGUUGCAGCAAGAGGCCAGAUCCAGAUUGGGAAUGAGGCUUCAUGAGAGGGGCUGCCCAGCUCCCAUCAGCUCUGUCAGUCUCUGAGGCCUUCCUUUGGGGCUGGGAACCCGUGGAUUUGGAGGAAGAAGUUCACUUCUUCUUCCAUUAGGAAGUUUCUCAGCUUUCACUUCUACUGUCCCUUGGCUUGUAUAUUUCUUCUCUAACUUUCUGUUCUCUCUAUGCAAAUGCCUUGGUUGUAAAAAUAAAGUUGUGGGUUAAAGAUGCAAA